AUAUAGAAGCCAGCACUGUAUGUGUGUGUUUGUGUGUAUGUGUUUCUCCUAUGCUGACUCAUGGCAUUGAAGCUUCUCUGGAAACACUCCCACCCUUCUAGCCAGCCAGUUUACACACACCCCUUUGGCUCCUCCUUGAUUCAAAUGUUGGUUCAAGAGGAAGAAGUAAAACAAAUUCAAGAGCUGCUCUUAAGCGUCUAGAAUUUUCUACAUCCCACCCUUUGAGAGAAGAGACUGGCCCUAUGUCUGACUCAGUCUACUACAAGAUAGACUCUCUCUCCUCUUAAAAUACCAACAUUAUUUGAGCUUUUGGAUAAAAUUGGAAGAAGGGUCUACAAAUAUUGUGGACUUUGCAGGAGGCAGGGGACUGGCAACUGGCAGUAAAGACAGAAAGAUGGCAGGCCUGAGGCCCAGCACUCAAGAAGACCCUGAAAUUGAGCUUUUUGUGAAGGCUGGAAGUGAUGGGGAGAGUAUUGGAAACUGUCCCUUUUGCCAACGCCUUUUCAUGAUCCUCUGGCUUAAAGGAGUUAAAUUCAAUGUGACUACUGUUGACAUGACCAGAAAGCCUGAAGAGCUGAAGGACUUAGCCCCAGGUACCAAUCCUCCCUUCCUGGUAUACAACAAGGAGUUGAAAACAGACUUCAUUAAAAUUGAGGAGUUUCUAGAGCAGACCCUGACUCCUCCAAGGUAUCCUCACCUGAGUCCAAAGUACAAGGAGUCCUUUGAUGUGGGCUGUAACCUCUUUGCCAAGUUUUCUGCAUACAUUAAAAAUACAAAAAAGGAAUCAAAUAAGAAUUUUGAAAAAUCUCUGCUCAGAGAAUUUAAGCGUCUGGAUGACUACUUAAACACCCCACUUCUGGAUGAAAUUGAUCCAGACAAUGCUGAGGAACUCACAGUUUCCAGAAGAUUGUUCUUGGAUGGGGAUCAGCUGACGUUGGCUGACUGUAGCUUGUUACCAAAACUUAACAUUAUUAAAGUUGCUGCCAAGAAAUACCGUGAGUUUGAUAUUCCAGCAGAAUUCUCAGGAGUCUGGCGCUAUCUCCACAAUGCUUAUGCCCGUGAUGAAUUUACCCACACGUGUCCUGAAGACAAAGAAAUUGAAAAUACUUAUGCAAGUGUGGCUAAACAGAAGAGUUAGGACAGCUCUUACGUGAGAAAAGGCUAUUUGUUAUUAGAUUUCAAUUGUUGCCAUAUUAGAAAGGUUUUUGAAAAUAAUAUAGAAAAUAGUUUCCUGUAUUCAACUCUCUUAGGAAAAGGAACUCUAUUUUCUGUUAGCUAUAAACAACCUGUCCUCUGUGUAUAUUAUAGGUCUUCAUAUUUUCACUUAAUUUUUUUUAUUCCUGUGGCAACCCACUGCAAUCUUGAAUGACAUGGAAAGCAUCAAGAUCUUUUGCCUUUUGCUUGAAUUUCUAGAACGCAUAAUGUAUAAGCUAAACAUUACAGAUGGUGUAAGUAAAGACACAAUAUCAAACUGCUCCAAAAAACAUUUCCAUCUAAAUCAUUACAAUGAUUUCUUAUAUUUGUUAGUUUAAUACAUACAUGAGUUUCUUUUUGAUAUAAAUAAUAAAAUCAGAAAGUGAGCAUAUCAGAAAGGCAAAUUCUGAAAGAAUGGUUUUAAAAAUCAGUUCUAGGAAGAGAUCAGGAUCAAUUGUUCUUAGGACAGCAUUCAACACCUAGAAAUAUGACCACCUCAUAGUCAGAGAGGAAUAUAUGCCCUUUGUGACCAGAUUAUAUUAUUGUUAAAUGAGGAAGCAUUCAUUAGCUAAAACAUAUUUUUUUAAAAAACAAGAUCAGAAGCAAAGUCAAUUGGAUCUUCUAUUCAUAGAAAUAAGAAGGAAACUAUUAUAAGAAAUUUGGCUGAUCAAAAGGUCUUGUUGCUGUCCAUAAAAGGAUAAGGUGCACAGUCCUUAGAGGAUAAUCAGAAAACUUUCUACAAAAUUUUAAUUGUUACAUUGCUAUAUGUAUUCAGAUUCACUUGUUAAAGUACUCUCAAAUCAUUCAAAUCUGAAAACAAAAGCUUAACUUAACAUUUAUUCCCUACAAGGAGAAACAUAAGCAGAAGUGCAGCUUCAAAAAAAGGAAAUUACACAGUUAUUACAGGCUUUGGGGGAAGGGUGGAUUUUAGAUAAAAUUUAAAUGAAGUAAUGUUUUAAUAGGUUCAGAGAAAAGUAAGGCAAUGAUUAAAGAGUUAACAUCAGUCUAGCCAUAGGAAUGGCCCAAAGUACUGUCCUUGAAAACCAGAAAGUCAAGGUAAAUGUAUAGUGUACAGUUAGGAAAACAAGAAUUGUAAUUAUGUUGAUAAUCUUUGGGAAACAUCCUCUCAUCAGCAUAUGACAGACUAAAUGUAAUAAACUAGCAAGUUAUAACUGA